ACCUAGUUCAAAAUGCGGCCACUAACAGAAGAUGAAUCUAAAGCUGUGUUCACAAAGCUGGCCAACUACAUCGGAAAGAACCUUGUUCACUUGAUUGAUCGACCAGACGAACCAUACUGCUUCAGGCUGCACAAGGACAGGGUUUACUAUGUUUCCGAAUCGUCUAUGCGCCUUGGUAUCUCUGUUGCAAGACCCAAUCUUGUCAGCCUUGGGACCUGCUUUGGAAAGUUUAGCAAAAGUGGGAAGUUCAAGUUGCACAUAACCGCUCUCGACUAUCUUGCGCAGUAUGCGAAAUAUAAGGUCUGGAUCAAACCCAACGGCGAGAUGCCCUUCCUCUACGGAAAUCAUGUUUUGAAAGCACACUUGGGACGGAUAACCGAGGACACACCAGAACACCAGGGAGUCGUGGUUUUCAGCAUGAAUGAUAUUCCACUAGGGUUUGGCGUUACUGCACGGUCGACAAUUGAUACACGGAAACUCGACCCAACAUCCAUCAUCGUAUUCCACCAGGCAGAUGUUGGCGAAUAUCUCCGAGACGAGGAGACACUAUUCUAAACAAGUUUAUCCGGUCAAUUGAGCGCCAUAUACCUGCAUUGCCUGCUAUGCAUAGACAGCUGUCUAAAAGUAUCCAUUACUUACUACUCCAUAAUUUGUAUGUACAAUAGAAAA